AAUCUCAGAUGGAUUAAAUAUCUAAAAAUGAAAAACAGAACUGUCAAACUUUUAGGAGACUAUGUUGAAGAAUAUUUUGACCACACAGUAGAAAAGGAUUUAUAAAUGCACAAAAUAUAUUUACCAUUGAGGAAAAAAUAAACUUGAAUCCACUAAACCAUAGAACUUUUGUAUAAUAGCAAAAUGAGAACAUCUGAGGGAAAGGGGGAGAAAGAUUGGCUUUCCUUGAGCCUCCUUUAAAAGUAGGGAAAACUUUCCCAGAAGCUGACAACAAACUUCACAAGGUGGGCACAAUUGGGUCACCCUAUAACCAAACCAACCGCUGGAAAUGGGGAUGAUGUUAUUAUCCUUAGACCACCCAGGAGAUGAAAAUGGAGUCAGCUUCCCCUGAUACAGGCUCUACUGGGAGAGGUGGAAAGACUGCUGCUUCACCUCUGUGCAUCAGAUACCCAGGAAAAGGAAGGAGUAAGAGGUCCGAGAGAUGCUGCCCUCUUGGCCCUGCCACCACUGAAGCGCCCAGGGGGCCCGGAAGAGCCACCCGAACGCGGACACCCAGGGCCAUGAGUCCUCUGAGGCUGCGAGCGUCGCUCUCGCUGCUGCUGCUGCUGGGUGGCUGUCUCCUCGCGGCCGCCCGGAGGGACAAGGGGGCGGCGGGCAGCGCGGCAGAGCCGGCCCGGGGUCCGGCGGGCGGCUCCUCGGGCCGCUUCGUCAGCCCCGGGCGGCACGCGUGCAGCUGGCAGCUCCUGCUGUCCGCCCCAGGGCCCGCGGCGGGCAAAGAGCUGGCGCUGCGCUGCCAGGCCCCAGACGGGGCGCGCCUGCAGUGCGCCUACCGCGGGGAGCCCGAGCGCUGCGCCGCCUACGCCGCCCGCCGCCCUCACUACUGGAAGCAGGUGCUGAGCGGGCUGCGCAAGAAGCGGCGGCCCUGCCAGGACCCCGCGCCUCUCAAGGCCCGUCUCUGCGCAGGCAAGAAGGGCCACGGCGCCGAGCUGCGCCUGGUGCCCCCCGCGUCUCCACUCGCCCGCCCCACUGCGGCGGGCUUUCGUAGGGAUGCCAAGCCUCGGGCCAGGAGCCGGGGGAGGACCCGGGAUCCCGCGAACGGCCCCGCUGCAGGCACCCCGCCUCCCACGAGCGCGCCACCCAAAGAGAAACCCGCUGAGAGGAAGACCAAAGGGGGCAAGAGAAAGGCGGCCGCGGACCCGGGCGAGGAGCGACCCCUGGGGACUGGGCCCGAUCCCGACGGGCUGGACGAGAACGCGAAGCUCACCGAGACCUACUGUGCUGAGAAGUGGCACUCCCUUUGCACCUUCUUUGUCAAUUUCUGGAAUGGCUGAGGAGGCCGGCCUGGGGAGGGACGGGGAGUGUGCACCCGGAGCGAGGAAGCUGAGCGCACCUUAGGCCUAGAGAUGCGGGAUAGUGGGGAGGAGGCCAGGUGGUUCUAGAAUGCGGCUGGGGGUGGGGGUGGGACUUGGGGUGAGAGUGUAAGGGAUUUGGAGAAUUUCUGAGAGCAGAGAAGUCAACAGUUUUGAGGAGUCCCGACUCUGAUUAAGAGCAGAAGAAAUAGUGGGUGGAUACAGAAGUAGGCAUACCUUAAAUGUGCAAAAACUGUAGACUAGGGAGAGAUGGGUACAGGGAGAGGCUGAAAAAAAGUGGGGCAAGUGACUAAAGUCGUGUGAUUUUCCUGUAGGAAACAGGAUACAAUGUAUACUGUUAACACGUUUAUAUUAAAAUAUAAUCACGAGCUAUUGAUAACCAGAGCCAGGUUGAAUUGUUAGUGUCUUCUCACCUAAUCAGCUGACAAGAUAACCAAAAACAUUUUUUUUCCUUUCUGAAUUAAUAGGAACUUGGGUGCUGCUUGGUGUCAUAAAUGACCUCUUACAGGAAUAGAAGCCAUUCAGAGGUCAAAAUUGACUCCAAAGAAAAGAUUUUUCUGGUCGGUUGCCCUAGUAUUCUUUUAGAAGUGCUACUUUUAAACAGUGAUACCUAAUGUUCUGAAACUUUUCCCAUUAACCUUCUAAAUUCAGGAGUGAAUUGUAGAAGUUGAGUGCUCCAGUAGGUUCUAAAACAGUUCUCAUAUCUGAUCAUGUUUUUAAAAACAGCUAAAAUGUAAGUAUGUAUCUUGGAGUCAUUUGGACCAUUAUUAUGGAUGUUACCUCUGUUUUGUAAUUAAUUAUUAACAUGUUUCCUUUUAAAUAAGAUGUAAUGAUAGACUUUGCAAAUUUUAGGUGCUUAAUAAAAACUGUAUGGGUAGGUUUGAAGAACUGGCAGAGCAGUGGAAAUUCUGAUUGCCCUUGAUCUAGUUCUAAGUAUAUUCUUUGAAGUAAGUUCCUAAACACAUCUUGAACUGUUGAGGAAAGAAAAGAAUAAGUCUGCAUAAGGCAAGAGUCACAGACUGGCAAGCCCUGUCAUUGUUCUGUUUGGCCUGAAUUUGGUUCUCUUUCAUUUUUCCCCUCUUUCUCCCUCUCUCCUUCCCUUCCAAUUUGGAUUUGUUGCUGGCAUUUAUAUUAGAUAAUUUCAUACAAAACACACAUUUCUGAAUUCUCUUGAAAAAUCAGAUCUAGCAACAUUGGACCCACCUUCUCACAUGGCAACAAUUGGUUGACUCUGGAUAUUGGCUGCCCCCUUUAGACUAGGCAUGUUUCCUAGAGUUCUCCUCUGCUCCUACACAUUUUAUCAAUUGACUUUAUUCAUUUAUAUUACAGGCCUGAGCCUGUGAGACAUUUAAGGCACUGCCAGAUAUGAGAAUUUUACCUUUUUGUACUCCAGCCUCUGCUUCCUUCAUUAUUUCCUUCUCUCUCUCUCUCCUGCGUCCCUCUUUUACUUAAAAGGACCCAUAUGAAUAGUCCAGGAUAAUCUCAUCUCAAGGUCAGUUGAUUAGCAACUUUAAUUCCAUCUGCAAUUUAAUUCCCCAUAGCCAUUUAACGUAACUUAUGUACAAAUUCUGGGGAGUAAGACACGGUUAUCUUUGGGGGGACCAUUAUUUUGCUUACCCCAGUGGCUAUGUUAAUAUCCAGUAAAGUAAACUCCAACACAGAGAAAAGGGGAUAAAGAGGGACAUUAAUCUCCCUUUAUCCCUGGGUGCAUACCAUCCAGCCAGAGACAUUUUCUAGCCUUCCCUGUAGGUAAGUGUUAUGAAAUGACUACAUUUUUGUCACUUGGUAAAGCAACUUCAACUUCAGUAUACUUUAAAAUAAAAUUGCUUGCCUUGGACUUCCUCUUCUCUCCCUUCUGAGAGGUGGAACAUGGUUGUCCUCACCAGUUCACUUGAACCAUGCAGAGGAAUACAAUGCUUUAGAGGAUGGCAGAGCACAAGGUGGAAGGAAUCUGGGUCCCUCAAUGACUUCAUGGGAGAGUGCCUCCCCAUUCUGCAUGGGCCAGACUUUUACAUGAGAGGAGAAUAAAGUGUACAGUCAAUCUUUAUUAUUUGUGGAACCCAUAUCUGUGAGUUUUUCCACUCACUAAAACUUAUUUUACAUAGAAACUCAGGGCACAUUUGAAGUCAUUUGUGGACAUGUGCAUGCACAGAAUGGUGAAAACUUUGGGCCAAUGUGCACAUACCCAAAUGAGGUCUAACAAGGCAACACUCUGCCUCCUUGUUUUUGCUCUUAUAUUUUGCAAACAAAUUAUUUUUUUCGUGGUAUGUGUAGUGCCAUGUUUUGUCACAUUUUUGUGCUUUUUUUUUUUUUUUUGGUAAUUUCAGUUUAAAAUGGCCCCAAACAUAGUGCUGUUUAGUGGGCCUAAGUGAAGGAAAGGUGUGAUAUGCCUCAAAGAGAAAAUUUAUGUUAGGUAAGCUUUGUUCGGGCAUGAGUUUUAGUGCUAUUAGCCAUGAGUUCAGUGUUAGUGAAUCAGUAAUAUACUGUUGACCCUUGAAGAAGUAGGGGUUCAGGGUGUGAAGCCCUGAACAGUGGAAAAGCCUAGUAUAACUUUUGACUCUCCAAGAAGUUAACUACUACUAGCCUACUGUUGACUGGAAGCCUUAGCAAUAACAUAAACUGUUGAUUAGCACAUAUUUUGCAUGUUAUAUGUAGUAUAUACUGUAUUCUUACAAUAAAGUAAGCUAGAGAAAAUAAAAUGUUUUUCAAAUUAUUAGAAAUGCCCAAAAUAUUUUGCAAUUUAUUUAUUGAAAAAAAUCUGCAAUUAAGUGGACCCACACAGUCCAACCUGUGUUGUUCAAGGAUCGACUGUAUAUUAAAUAAGGUAUCUUUAAACAGAAACAUAAAAUAGGGUUAUGUAUGGAACAGUUGAUAAGAAUAUUGUGGACAGAAUCUUCUGAAAACCUUGGCUUGUAUUCCCCUGGGAGCAGUGGUUCAGUAGUUGCUAAUUCCAUGUUCAUGGUGACUUUGUUGAACGUAGUUACUGCAAAUAAUGAAGACUGACUGUAUUUCUCAUUUAAGCCCUUGUAGUCUGAGAUUAACCUUUGCCUUAACUAGUAUAAGAUUUUUGUGCAGUUUCUGAUAGUGGAAAACAAAUACUGCAUUUAUUGCUUCCAAAGUAUACUUUGUAUCAUCAGUGUUCCUAUAGGAAACACACAACACACUCAGGAGUAACAGAGGAGCUUAAUUAAGAAACUAUUAACAAAAGUGUAGAGUAAGGGGACUCGGUUGGAUAGCCAAGAUUCAUGUCCUUUCCAGAACUUCUCAGUUUCAGAAUUGACAAAAAUGUAGACAUAUUAACACCAUUCCCUGUCUCCUGUCCAGGUGUAGUAAGUGAAGAAUGUAUUAACAAUGCAGCCUAACUGACAAAUGAAUAUUUUUACAACUGAGUGUCUGUGCAUGCUCAACUCAAGCUCAUUCAAUCUCAUGGCCUACGGCAUGAAUAUAACACUUGUGACCAUUUCCAAUGCUGCUCAGUUCUGGUCAGACUAUAGCAUAUUUUCCAUUCUAGGGCAAAAAGAAGUAUAUAAACUUUGAAACGUAUCCAUAGGAGGGUCACAAAGAUGACAGUAUCUUUCAGGAAAGGUAUAUCAAAAUGGAUCCUCUAAGAAACAGGUGGCAAGACUUAGGUGGGCAGGGAGAUGCCUGUAAGUGAGAAAGAAGGAAGGAGCAGGUGGGGAGAAUCUCUGAGUCCUAAACGGGGUGAGUGGGAGGAAGGAGGAUUAGGUAUUAGGUAACAAGAGCCUUAGCUCUGUGCAGCUCUGAGGAAGCCUCAGCACAGAGACUGGAGGAGUUAUACAACGGGCAGGAAUGGCCUGGUUCUAGCUCGCCUGCAGGCAGAGUCACUGGCUCGGAGUGGCCCAGGAAGAACGUGCUCUGGGUGUGGACACUGUGGUGGAUUCAGAAGGUGCUGCUGGACACUGUGAGCUACUAGCCUGCUCACAGCAGGUUCUCACUUAAAGGGAGAUUUGAGCAGUGCACUCCAGGGCUGUCACAAAACUUAAUAAAAGGCUAA